GGCAGAUUUCUACAUCUGUGUCUCAGCGGACUUUAUCUGUCAUGACUGUGAUGGUUCCUGGAGCGGCGGGUCGAAGCAAACCAGCAUCUGCAAACCCAGAAACAGAGCUGAAGAUGAGGGUCAGGAGGGCGUCUUGGCUGGUGCUGGGCAUGUUGACUCUGUCCCUGCUGCUGGUGCUGCUGGGAAUCUACACCACGACCCGCACGGAGAGCCUGCAUGUGACCGGCUACGCCUCGGGAGUCAUUCUCACCCUCGGAUCCUUCGUGGGACUCCUGGGACUGCGUCUGGAGGAAAACCGCAGGCAGCUGCUGAGAGCUGCCAUGUUCUUCCUCAGCUUGGGGGUCAUCUGCUCUUUCCUGUGCCUGCUCAUCGACGGUGUCUGUACGGCCCUGAACCUGGACAUGCGUCCACUGAAAGCUGGACGAUGUCAACAUUACAGCAGCGGCAACAGCUACAUGUAUGAGAAUUUCUACACUUCUGUGUCCUGCUGGACUCUGCAGGAGUCCUGCACCCUGACGGUGCGCAGUGGGACUUGUUACUGCUGCGAUCUGUACGACUGUGCAAACGGCGGUUAUCUCAGCAACUACUACGAGUUUGUUGGAGUGCAAAGCUGCGACGAAGUCUUCGUUCUGUACGUUUCAAUCUGGAUCCUGUCCGGUCUGAACCUCGUGGCCUUUUUCAUGGGAAUCCUGGUCACCGCCGUGCUGGGCAGCAUCAAAGUCCCGAGGUGCAACAGCCCUGUGACUGACCUCUCUGAGAGCGCUGCAUCUUCCCCAACAGCCCCUCUGCUGAUGGACGCCAAUUUAUACAAAGCACACCGGCUCCACCCAUUAGCGCCAGGAUUUAUUGAUCCCGGAGAAAAGACGGCUGCCUCAUCCUCGGUGCCCCUCCUGGCGUCUCCUCCACCCCCCUUUGCCCCGCUGAGCAGCCUGCCGCCGUACCGAGACCACGAUCUCCCUGCCUGAGGUCCACAGAGCCCCUCAACCGGCGCAACACUGAAAACAUGAGAGGCAGGAUGA